AUGCCCUUCCCAAAGGAAAUUCUUCGCUACAUUGUUUGUAAAGUAAAAACAAUCUUCGAUGACAAGUGGUCCGAGAAAAUUGUUGCUGUGACUAAAGAAGAGAUAUUGAACGUCUCCCAUUCAGGUAUUGGCUCCCGAUUGUUGUCUUCCAAAGCGAGCGCCUUUUCGGAUGGUAGCAACAGCAGCAGUUCUCUCUUUGGAGCUUCAUCGUCCUCACUCACCAAUACGAGUGUAGUCUAUUCACUUGAAAUUUAUCAUACAAAAGAUGAGCAACAAAUUAGAAAUGCAAUCGCUGCUACUACAUCCAUGCAACAACAACACUCAUCACAACACAAAAACAACUCCAAAUCAACAACAACAUUGGAACCAAAGAAAAAAGCAAUACUUCAUCGAGACAUUAGAAUAAUGUCUGGAAAAGAGUUGACAAAUAGAUUGAACACAUUAAUAGUGUUUUUUGAACAACCUCUCUAUUUAAACUUUAAAAAGGAAUCUGAAUUCAAGGAAUGGUUUGAAUAUUUAACAAAAUUAAUCAAUGUUGAAGAAUCAGGAAUGAAAGAAGGUAUUUGUGCCAUUAUUGAAAGUAUUACCGAUGCAUGUGUGGUGAGUGACGCUGAUGGAAUUAUUACAGGAUUUAAUGCUCAAGCAGAAAAAUUAUUUGGUUAUUCAAAAGAAGAAGUGGUCGACACGAAUGUAAAUGUUUCAAUUUUAAUGCCAGAUAGUUAUGCGAAAUAUCACCAACAAAUUUUGAAUCGAUACAACAAACAUCGAAAUCGAGUCAUCAUUGGAAAACCUAGAAAUUUUCUUGCCAAACACAAACUAGGUCACAAAAUACCAAUUACGAUCAAUCUUGGAGAAGUUCAAGACUCAAAUCCUCAAUCCAAGUUCAGAUAUAUUGCCAUGUUUAGAGAUUCAAUGACCAAAGUGGUAAUUUCUUCUACAAGUGAUCCUGCUGCUCAUGAUACUCAACGUUGUACUGACAAGCUCAAGAUUCAAAUUCAAAGAAAGACAAAAACAGAAAUUUCAAAAUUUGACGAAGACACAUUACGAAUGGUUGAAGAUUUACUGAAACUGUUACAAUCCAUGGCAACCACAAUUAAUAUCUUAGAAACUGAAAAAGAACGUUUAGAUCAAUUAACACUCGAGUUACAAGAAAGAGAAACCAUUGCAGAGAAACAUUUAAACGAAACUCAGAAAAUUUCUCCAAUCUAUCAAAUUUACAAAUACCUGACGGAUCACAUGAGCGAUAUUGAAUCGCUGACCAUUAAGGCUCAAGAUCAACUCACACGUGACUGUAUUCUGUGCUGGAAACAAAUUCAAAUGUACAAAAAAGCAAGUAGAGCUUGUGACCAAUUUAACAAAUUCAAAAGCAUCAUGUCCAAUGCUGGAGAAUUGACGACAAGAAGAGCAAGAGCAGGUUCAAUUGCAUCCUACUCUGAAGCUUUGAACGGUAGUAGUAGUAGUGAACAACGUUUUGAAUCCAUCACCAAACCGGAAGUUGUUUCAAUGGCGGUUCAACUCUUUGAUCGAUUUUUAGUGAACUAUGAAAAAGGAGAAACACCCAUUUCUAAAAACCGUUCCAUCUCUCCCGCUCACAAUAACAGCACAGUGAUACGAAUUGUGACAAGAGAAGUGCUUCCAGUCAUCAAAAAUACUCUCCUCAAAUGGUCCACUUCAAGCAUUGAAAAUCUUCCCAUCACCAUUUCGACCGAAUUGUUUUAUUUUGUUGAGAAGGAUAUUUUGGAAUUUCUGAAAAACGAUCCUAUCAAAAAUAUUCAAGUGAUUUAA